UACAACAGGUGAUGCUGGGAGCGGCAAGAUUCUACCUUGAUUUUUGCAAUAAUGCAUCAUUCACCCUCGUUCUUUGCUAUUCAAUGAAACCUAACCAAACCGUGUCGCGACUAUCGGAAGUGAAAACACAAUGUUCAUCUAAAAAAUUAUCAUUCAAAUCUAAAAUAAUGUGACCUUUAUUAGAAGAUACGAGAAAAAGUAUUUUUCAGAUAAAUAUAUAUAUUAUCACCCUUGCCAUUUUCCUUCUGUUUGAUUUCAUGGAUAACAUAGACGCAUCUUUCGCAGUAUGAAUCAAGGAAGUAUCCAAUGUCAAGGAACGCAGAGAAGAUCUUGCGCUCCUGGAGCUAAUUGGAACGUACAGCAGGUGGUGAGAAGCAAAAAGACUACUCGUUGCUUAUGGCACGCCUGUAAAGCUCUCGGCAUAGGUCUUCUUCUAAUGCUUUUAGGAGCUUGCAUGGCUACAAUAGGUUACUUUGCUGAUCAACUCUCUGAAGCACAAGAAAUCAGAGGCAAUCGCACCAUCAAAGUAAAAAAUGAAUCACGUGGUUUCCAUCUUAAUAAUUUAAGUUACGCUGGUCCAAUUGUAAUGGGAGUUGGAGGAUUUAUCGUUGUUGCUGCUUGUGUAAUGACAUUUGAAGCACGUGACAGUGCAGCAAAAGUUGGACCUGCACGUUUGCGAUUAAAUCAAACAUCAUCAAUAAAACAAACAACAAAAAGUCAAAGAAAUAUCAAUAAAUCAAUUCCCUGCCAAACUUCAAAAUGGGACCAACAACCAGGUCUUUUUCGAACUCCCAGUCCAAGUUCACAAGAUGCAACAAAAAAACAAUUCACAACAUCAGGAGGAGUUAUUGAAUUUUCAAAUAAUUCCAACAACAAUGAAAAUUCACAUACAAUAAUUAAAAAAAGUCCUAGUGCACCGACUCUUGUUGAAAAAAAAUCACCACGACAAAGAGCACCAAAAUUUUCUGGUUGCGCUCUUCUUAAUCCAGAAUUAUUACAAAGAUACGCUGCCUCAGUUGAUAAUCCUACCUAUAAUUCUCAGACAAUGAAAGAAAAUUUAGAUCAACAAAAAAUGAACGGUAGUCAAGUGUCAAUGGCAAUGGAUUUACAUUUUCCAAAUAAAGGUCCAGUUACGUUAAAGGUGAAGGACCGUAGGCGGCAAUUGGAACGUCAGACAAAGAUCGAAGACCUCGAAGAGGUCAGCGAAGCUAGAAAAACAGAAGGAAUUCAUUCACCACAAUUACCUAGUGUUUACAGUAGAUUUCCUGAAGAUUUUGUGCCUAGAAAACGAAACUCGAUAGACUUGAAAACAUUGGAUGAAUUAAAUAUAAAGGAUUCCCUUAAAACUUCACCGCGUGAUUUUCGUAAAGUUUCAUCACCAAAUUUUCGUAAAAUGUCUUUCGAUAGAUUAGGAAGUGAUCGUCGAUCGGAAAGAUCUUUAGGUUCGCGAAAGGCUAGUUUAGAUUUUAAAAGAAGUCCAGAUUUUCGAAAGCAUGAUUACAGAAAAUACUCGAUUGAAAGAUUCACAGCAGAUUGUGCGAGAUAUUUGCAAGAGGAAUCAGAAAAUCGAGCAAUAACAGCUAGCGGUGAAAAUUUACGAAAACAAAAAAUGAUGAAACUCCAUUAUUCAAGAUCAGACGAUAGAAGGAGGUCUUUUGAUAAAUUUCAUGGUGAAUCUCAAUGUAGUAGAUAUUCUCUAAAUGCACCUGAAAACGAAUUAAAAUAUUUUGCUUCAUCCCUUGACACUGAUGCAUCAGACGAUAGUCGAAUAAUUGAUUUUGAAGAACAGGAAGGAUGCAAUUUAUCACCUGAUGCGAUACCAAGUGCACUUGUUGAGGAACCAGAACUUGAGAAUUUAACCGAAACAACAGAGGAAAGUAGAAAAUUUUCAAUUAUUGACACACAAAAAAUGAAUGAGAAUAUUAGAAAUUUAGAAGAAGCAGCAAAUGAAAUUGAAAUUUACGCCGAUGAUAAUGAAAGUGAAACCAGUGUUCGUGACACUACUUGAAAUCUAUGACGUCAAUGAUAUAAUUUGAAAAAUGAUUUUGUUUUUCCGUUGUUAAUUAUUCAAAUUAGAAUUUUUUACUUCAAAAAAUAUAAAAUGAUAAAAUAAUUAUAAAAAUUUUUAAAUUUGAAUUUUUUAUAUUUCAUUUAUUUACACAAGUAAAUAAUUAUAUAAUAAUAAAGCAUAAAAAAAACAACGAGCCUAAUAUUCGUUUUCUACAUUUAUUGCGCAAGUAAAAAACAAUAUUUGAAAUAAUAUUGACAAUUAAAUAUGAGUCAAUUCUAAUUUUGGUGCUCUAACCAAAAAAAAAAAAAAUGAUGAUUGAAAAUUUAUUAAAUAUAUCAUUUUCGUCAAUUAUAAAAUACUAUAUGUAUAAUAAAUUUAUAGCAGCGGAACAAGAUAGAAUUUCCAUCAUUUACUGCUCAAUGGAAAAACAAUAAUGCUGGUAGCUCAAUUAUAAAAAAUGAAAUUUUUGAAUUGCGUUUUGUAUCGAGACAAUCUUUCUCGUGGCGUUACCUGACGGCAAUAACAGAUAAGAUUAUUAGAAAGUUGGCUCUAUAGGUAACUAGUAUAAUAAUAUUUAAAGAGUGGCCUCACAAUUUCUAAAACUAUAAUAAACUCUAAUUCUUUCCUCAUGAGUUUUUUUUUUAAUGUCAAAAAGUGACCUUUCAGUUUUAAU